AUGUUACCUGGAUUACCUGGAUUGGCCAGGCAAUCAAACGUUUGUAACGUUGCUGGCCACGAUGCUCGCGUUUCCGUUCGCACUGUUUUAGCCGUGAUUUUAGCCACCGAACUGGCUAGGNUCACAGCGAUUGACAAAACAACCACUCGAUGUCCAAGUGACAAUGAGUCCAGUUAUAUUCGUUUUAUAGUGAAGCUUGGCAUUAGGAUGGAAGAAAUAUCACUUUCGAAUCACAUGAACGGAAAUGCGUCAAACUCUCCGCCAACAAUGGCAAAAACUGCCGCAUCGGAACUGAAACCAAAAGUUGAGCCAUUCGCUGUAUCGUGGGAUCAAAGUGGCAUCGAUCAAACAUCAGUGCCGAAGAGCGGCGGUCCAGCAACCGGAACGACGGCUAGCGGAAAGACCCUCUUCCCGUCGCGCUCAUCGUCAUCAGAUCAUCGAUCGCCGUCUCCCGCCGCAAAAGGUGGUGGCUCCAAAAUGAACCGCAGCCCGUCACCACAAGUUCAAGCCAAG